UUGAAGUAAUGGUGUAUAAAAAGGGUACCAUGUGCGAUAAUUCGAUUGAUGACAAAGGAAGUUGCUCAGUAAAGUUGCAACCCAUGAUUGAAGAUGACAUGAAGAACGAUGAUGAUGACCUACAAAUUUUGUGUCAAGCUGAUGUUUUGCAGGGAAAACCAGUUGCAUUGACAUUGGAAUCUAGCACAAAUAUUGUUGCACAUGGUACAAUUGUUUGUGGCAAUGAAUCUGAUAAAAUGCUUCAGGGUGUUCCAUUUCCCAAUAAUUGCAUGCGCUCCAUUGAUGAAGCUGUUAGAAUAUAUAUAUCAGUGAGUUUUGAUUAUGACGUGUUUGAUGAUGAUUAUGAACUUGUUCUACACCUUGAGGACAUCAUUCCUUUGUAUCAUUUGGAGCCCCUUUCAGGCAAUUGUGUAGUUGGCUACAUAUGGUUUACUGUAAUCUAUGAUAAUCAUCCAUUUUGUGAAUAA